AUUUUUGACCCCAUGUGGGAGGCUCUCAUCUGGGUGCUAAUAAAAAGCACCUUCCUGCUUCAGGGUCCUCUACCCAGAAUGCCGCUGUGACUAUGCGUGGGUUUGAAUUAUGGCCGUGAGAGCGAGGUGCGGUCGCUGUCUGCUUUACGAGCUCCUGCACAUAGCAGACGGCAGAGCUUGGCUUUUGAUGUACGCUGCUGAUGUUACGACACACUGCACCUCAGGCUCGGCACAGGGAGGGAUGUGCAUGAAAGAUGACCCCACAAGAGCCAAUCAAGAUUCUUCUAGCAAACUUCCUCACCGGGACAACCUUACAAACUGAGACUUUUGAGAUGAAUUCCAACUUUGGGACAUUAAUUUUUUGAACUCUACAGUCAUUUGUUGUGGUAGAUAUCGAGCAUGAAUGAAAUACGGCCAUGCCGCAUCCGGUCAGCAUCAAGCUGACUCUGACAGAUUGACACGCUAGUAAACCGGUAGAAAAACAUAUCUAUUUUUGUUUGUAUUGUGCACUCCAGAUGGGACACUGGCAGGACUGGAGCCCCAAAAGUGCCAAUACGGCUCAUGAAUUAAAUGAUUAAAGGCCAAUGUAAUUAGAGCAGGAAAAUUAAAACUAGGAUUUUCAUUGCCCAUCACUUCCAUGUCCCACCUCUCAAAACACUCACUCUCACAAACACACAGACUGUAUAUUUACACACAUAGCACACUCAUUGACUCGAGUGCAUUCAAGACCUCUAUUCACCCUUGACUGUGAUUAUUAUUAUCUUUGUUAAAAGUGGUUUGACACUAGAGAUCCACAUGGUUUAUUGUCAGAAACUGCAAGGAAGACAAUGUAGGGAGAACCCAAUUGCAGGCAGGACUCAGGGAUGACGGGGUUAACAGACAAUUUAUUAUUACAACACAAGACAAAGAGGCAAAACAAAACCCACAGGGGGAAAACAAGACAGGGUAAUAUAUAUAUAUAUAAAUAAAGACAAGGACACUGACUUACUAAACUAAGGACACAAACACUCGAUACAAAACUAAGCUAACACUUACUAGAACUCGGGAUACCAGGAACAAGAUAACAAGGAAACAGCAACAGCAACAGCAACAGCAACAGCAACAGCAACAGCAACAGCAACAGCAACAGCAACAGCAACAGCAACAGCAACAGCAACAGCAACAGCAACAGCAACAGCAACAGGAGAUACAAUAUGAAGCACAACAGCUACAGCAAGACAAGAGACUUCAAACAGGUACAAGGUAUCAUAUACAACUUGCAAUGAACGAGACAGGACAAUGAAACAUGAGGACUCUUUAUGGGGAACAAACACACGAUAGGAUUAAUAGGGACCAGGUGACACAUAUCAAACACUAAGGGAAGGCUAACGAGACUGAAAGGGCGGGGACACAGACGAGACUCGGGGGAGAGUAUGGAAAGCCACAAGAUCAAAACAUCUCUCCCCACAUGAAACAGAAGAUCCUGUAUGAUUCCACCUCUAGACCAAGAAAUACCUGACAAGGCAACUGGACAGCAACCACAUCAGCUGCAUCGAAGAUGGAGCCUUCCGAGCCCUGCGCGAUCUGGAGAUACUCACUCUCAACAACAACAACAUCACACUUAUACCUCUGUCAAGCUUCAACCACAUGCCCAAGCUGCGGACACUUCGCCUGCACUCCAACAACCUGCACUGCGACUGCCACCUAUCCUGGCUCUCCGAUUGGCUGCGACAAAGGAGGGGGCUGGCCCCUUUCACACAGUGCAUGGCCCCCGCCCAUAUGAGAGGUCUCAAUGUCCCGGAUGUUCAGAAAAAAGAAUUUGUCUGCACAGGUGCCUCUCAAACGGAGCCAAGGUCAUGCGUUCCCCAGGCAUCCAUCUGCCCCGCCGCCUGCACCUGCAACACCAACAUCAUAGACUGCCGGAGAAAAGGCCUGACUGAGAUUCCAGCCAACCUUCCAGAAGGAAUUGUGGAAAUCCGUCUGGAGCAGAACAUGAUCAAGAGCAUCCCAGCAGGAGCGUUCACAGCAUACAAGAAACUGAAGAGAAUAGACUUGAGCAAGAAUCAGAUUUCUGAGAUAGCUGAAGAUGCGUUUACCGGCCUACGCUCCCUCACUUCCCUGGUCCUAUACGGAAACAAAAUCGCUGAGAUCCCAAAGGGCCUGUUCGACGGUCUGGUGUCACUGCAACUGCUGCUUCUCAACGCCAACAAGAUCAACUGUUUGCGUGUGAACACUUUCAAAGACCUGCAGAACCUCAACCUGCUCUCUCUCUAUGACAACAAGCUUCAGACCAUCAGUAAAGGCUUGUUCAUCCCACUACGUGCCAUCAAAACACUGCACCUCGCGCAGAAUCCAUUCAUGUGUGAUUGCCAUCUGAAGUGGUUGGCCGACUACCUGUUUGAAAACCCGAUUGAGACCAGCGGAGCUCGAUGCAGCCAUCCUCGCCGGCUCGCCAACAAACGUAUCAGCCAGAUCAAGGGCAAGAAGUUCCGCUGCACAGGUUCGGAGGACUACCGCAGUCGUCUGAGCAGCGAUUGUUUCCAGGAUCUGGUUUGUCCCGAGCGCUGCCGCUGUGAAGGAACUGUGGUGGACUGCUCCAACCUCAAACUCACCAAAAUACCCCCUUACCUGCCCGAGCACACAACUGACCUACGGCUGAACGACAACGAGAUCUCCAUCCUUGAGGCUUCAGGGGUUUUCAAGAAGCUCCCAAACCUGCGGAAAAUAAAUCUGAGUAACAAUAAGCUGCGGGACAUCCGUGAGGGAGCGUUUGAUGGGGCCGCAGGUGUUUUGGAACUGCUGUUGACAGGAAACAAGCUGCAAUCAGUCAACGGACGGAUGUUCAAGGGUUUGAGUGGCCUGAAAACAUUGAUGCUGAGGAGUAAUCAGAUCAGCUGUGUGGAUAACACCACCUUCACCGGCAUGAGCUCUGUGCGGCUGCUUUCCCUCUACGAUAACCGGAUCUCCACCAUCGCCCCAGGAGCUUUCAACACUCUGCAUUCUCUCUCCACAAUUAACCUGCUGUCUAAUCCAUACGCGUGUGACUGUCACUUAGCCUGGCUGGGGCUGUGGCUGAAGAAGACCAGGGUGGUCAGUGGCAACCCGCGCUGCCAGAAACCCGCCUUUCUGAAGGAGAUACCUAUCCAGGAUGUGGCCAUGCCUGAUUUCACCUGUGAUGGCGUGGAGGAGAAUGUCUGUCUGCCACCGACCCCUCGCUGUCCCGAUUCCUGCACAUGCUCAGACACCGUGGUGCGCUGUAGUAAUCGAGGGUUGCGUUCGCUACCUAAAGGCAUCCCGAAAGAUACAACCGAAUUGUAUUUGGAAGGAAACUUUCUCACAUCUGUGCCCAAAGAGCUAGCUCACCUGAAACAAUUGUCACUAUUAGACCUCAGUAACAACAGCAUCAAUGUUCUUGCUCCUCUCACCUUUAACAACACAACUCAGCUCGCAACUCUUAUCUUGAGUUACAAUCAGAUUCGAUGUGUCCCGGUUCAUGCGUUCGAUGGCUUGCGUUCUCUCCGCCUGCUAACCCUCCACGGAAAUGACCUAUCAACUCUUCCAGAGGGAGCCUUCAGCCACUUGACGUCUCUUUCUCAUCUGGCUCUGGGCGCAAACCCUUUGCACUGUGAUUGCGAGCUGCGUUGGUUGUCUCAGUGGGUGAAGGCUGGGUAUAAAGAGCCUGGCAUCGCCCGCUGCACCGGACCACCCGACAUGGCGGACCGACUGCUGCUCACCACGCCUCUCAGCCGCUUCCUGUGCAAAGGUCCUGCCGAUUUGACUCUGAUGUCCAAGUGCGCCCCCUGUCUGGCAGCCCCCUGUCAGAACAACGGCACUUGUGUUAGUGAUGUCACAGGCUCCUACCACUGCACCUGCCCGUUUGGCUAUAAGGGCCAUAACUGUGAAAUCCCCAUCAACGCCUGCAUCAGCCAGCCAUGCAGUAAUGGAGGCACAUGCCAUGUCACACCUGGACAGGAUGGGCAGUACAGCUGUGUGUGUCCUCCUGGGUUUGAGGGCCAGCAGUGUGAGGUGAAUCCCGAUGACUGUGAAGACAACGACUGUGAGAAUAACUCCACCUGUGUGGAUGGAAUCAACAACUACACCUGCAUCUGCCCCCACAACUAUCGAGGCGAUCUGUGCGAGGAGGUGGUUGACCCCUGUCUGCCUGACUUUGACCUCUGCCAACACGACUCCAAGUGUGUUCCUCUCAAUAAGGGCUACAGGUGUGAGUGUUUGCCGGGGUAUGUUGGCCAGCACUGUGAGCAGGAUUACAAUGACUGUAUGGAAAACAAAUGCCAGCAUGGAGCCGAGUGUGUUGACGCCAUCAAUGGUUACACGUGCAUCUGUAAGGAGGGAUUCAGUGGGCUGUUUUGUGAGCAUCCUCCACCGAUGAUAUUGCUUCAGAAGACGAGUCCAUGUGAUCAAUCAGACUGUCAAAAUGGAGCCCAGUGUCUGGAAGGAGUGGAGGGCGAACCCGUGUGCCGUUGUCUGCCUGGCUUCUUUGGCAGCAAGUGUGAAAAAAUGAUAACAGUGCACUUCCUUGGCAAGGAUACCUACCUGGAACUCCCCAUCGCCAAGAUCCGACCACCCAUGCACAUAUCCCUUCAGGUGGCUACAGAUAAAGACAAUGGUAUUCUGUUGUAUAAAGAGGAUCAUGAUCCACUUGCUCUGGAGCUGUACCAGGGACACAUUCGUUUGAUAUACGACGUUGCAAAGUACCCUCCUACCACCGUGUACAGUGUGGAGUCAGUAAAUGAUGGACUUUUCCACAUGGUGGAGGUGCUGAUCCAGAAUCAAACCUUGAGCUUAGUGGUGGACAAGGGUGCUCCGAAAAGCCUUGGCAAACCGCCCCGUCCUCCUUCUGUGGACCACAGCACACAACUCUAUAUAGGCGGUGUCCCCUCUUUAAUUGGCACAGCGGGCUUGCGACAGGGUCCAGAUCGACCGUUCCAGUCCUUCAAUGGCUGCAUCCAUAAUGUACGUCUCAAUGGAGAACUGCAAGACUUAGGCAAUAGGCUGGCAGGGGUUGAGGGCAUCUUGCCGGGCUGUCACGCCUGCAGCGUUUGUGCUCAGGGCACUUGCAGACAAAGAGGGGAGGUGGGCGUGACGUGCGAGUGUCCCGCCGGCCAGAGUGGUCCACUGUGUGAACAGAUGAACUCCAGGAGCCCCUGUCAAAGCAGCAGGUGCUUGCAUGGUGUGUGUGUACCGAAGGGCUCCUCAUACAGUUGCUCAUGUGAAGAAGGAUACUCUGGUCAGUACUGUGACAGGCGAGAGGAGCCGGCCGCCUGCAGGGGGCAGCAUUGUGUGCAUGGAGAGUGCAGAGUAACCGAGAAUGGAGAUCCUGUAUGCCAGUGCCAACCAGGAUAUACUGGACCAAUCUGUGAAACAGAGCUCACGUGCCAAGGAGAGGUGGUUCGCGAGCAACUCAAGCGUCACAUGGGUCAUAAAAGCUGCACGUCUACCAGUAAAGUUUCCCGGGUGGAGUGUCCUCAUGCCUGUCACUCAGGACUCUGCUGCGCCCCCACCAAGAGCCGAAAGCGGAAAGUCAGCUUCAAGUGCUCCGACGGAUCUUCCUUUUCUGAAGAGAUGGAGACCACCGCGGAGUGCGGCUGCACGAAGUGUCCAUUGUAAUAAUAACCCCCCUUCCCAAACCACGAGAAGAUGGAGCGGAAAAGAAAAUAUAUUGUAAAAUAAAGCGCAAAUAGAACUUAUUUUUAUUAAGGGAUGUUUUUUUAAAGAAAGACUGUUUUUAUGAUGUCGCUUACAUGUAUGUGUCAUAUGAAAAGUAAUUUUGUAUCGUCGAACAAAAAAGAUUAACAUUCCUGAAAAUAUAUGAAUGAUAUAAAUAUGUAUAAAUCUAUAUAAAUGUACAAGCCUAACCUAUGAAUUCAUUUGGUGUGUGUAUUGCAUGUCUAUUGUGAAGUGUGGAAGCAGAGAGACAUUUUGACGGAGUGGCAGGUGGGCGACAGGGCUGAAAUGUGCCACUUUUAGCCAAUCAGGGGAGGAGGAGAGACUCUCAAACGCAGGAAGUGGUGAGCCAACUUCCUGUGCUCUGUUGGCGCCAAAUGAACUGCUUCCUAUAAUGGACCUCAGAUAGCUCACCUGCAGAAUUCAAGAUGUGAUCCACAGAGCUUCCAAUGCGAUAAGGCUGUUAUAUUUGUGCUCUAUAUGGAUCAUGUCGGGUGUUUUUCGUUGUUGUUCAAAUGCUUUGCCCAUGAGAGAGAGAGAGAGAGAGAGAGAGAGGAGACCAGAAGAGCUUGUUGACAUGGCUCUAGUUUACAGCCUUUAACUCAUCAGAGUUAAAAUUUUUUGCAUGACUGCAUGGAAAAGUUAAAUGUGAACUUAUGCCGUGGCCAGGCAGUAAAGCUGUUAUGAUAGUUUACCUGAUCUUUACCUGUUUUACCUUGUACAGUUGCGAAAUCACAAUGCAUUUCAAUUGUUACAGCUUUGGUAGGUGAUACAGGUGACUGCAUCCUUGGUGCAAAGCACUUCAUAUUGACGUAGUAUUCCGUCAUUACCGUCCUUUACUAAAAUAUUUAAUGCAAAUAUAUUACACCCAUAACUACUGUAUUGUUUCAUUUAUAUACACCCUUUGUUCGUUGAUUUGAUUAUGAUGUAACACUUAACAAAUGUUUAAGAAAGAGGUCUAUUGGUUUUCCAAAGGAAAGAUUAAGCAGUGUCAAUGAUAAACAGCCUUGUUCUGUCUCAACCCCUUUCCUCACUUACUGAGAAAUAAAAUCAAAGCUGUUGUAGGAA